AUGACGAUGAGUUCAUCUCAAAGAGAAGUAGAAUAUCUAGCCAAUGAAAUAAUCCAAAAUGAAAGACCAGUUACGUAUCAUAAAUUCUCACGUGCUUUGAGUAUACCGAUAAAUCAAGCCAAAUUAAUUUUGUAUGAAUAUUAUCAAAAGAAUGCUGACAAAUUAACUGCAUCUUUCUUGAUCACCGGGAUUACACCAUCUGGGGAUAGAUUGAUUAAAUUAUCAGAAGAUGAAUCUACAUUGGAAAACGAUAUGCAAAAAUUCGAAACCAUACUUACAAUUCAUAUCUAUUGUAUCAAUUCAAAGGUGUUAAAAUUUACCUAUAGUGACAUUGCAUUAGAAGAAAAGAGAUUCGCAAGUGAUCAUACCAAAAUCAAAGAAUAUGAAAGAAAUGGAAUGAUUGCAGGACCACCCAUAACAAUCAAAGAUGUUAAGGUUACCAAAAACAUCCCAUCAUCACCAGUUGCCCCAGCACCAGUAGCUAAAAGAAGAACAACCGAAACCAAAUUAGCCGCGACAGCCACAACGACGAAACCUGCAACCACAUCUUCGUCAUAUGUAUCAAGAAAACAACAACAACAGGAAGAACAGCCAGCGGCUAGGACAAAGACCUUAAUGUCAAAUUAUACCUCCCGUAAAUCCGAGCCUGAAAAAACAUCUCCCCCUAGAAAAAGAGCAGCUACAGAACCCGCUAAACAACAAUUUGAAUAUAAAUCGAGAAAGAAAACGGCUAAUGAACCAAGGGAACGAGUCAUAUUUGCUGAUCAUGACGAUGCUGACAACGUGAAUGACAAAGAUGAAGACCACGAGCCAGAAUCGGGAUCGCGUCAAACUAAAAUCAACACAUCCGCGCUUGAAAAACUCUUCGAAUCGGAUUUUAGCGACGAUGAUAACGACAAUGAUGUAGCUAUGGAAACCCCCGAGCCCGAAAAGGAAAAAGAACAACCAAUUUUGAUUUCUGAAGAUUCAGAACCCGAACCACACAAAGAAACAUCUCCUAUAGUUGCAGAUAUCGAACCUGAAUCAAUCCCAAUCGAGGAAGAAGACCAACUGCAAGUGGAAGAAGAAGAACAGGAAACAAUGGAGAAGAAAAUAGAUGACGACGGUUACAUCACAACAGUCAGAAAAGGGAGACCUGCAACUAAACCAAAUGCUGCUGGUGGUGCAAAUAAAAGACAAAGAGCAACUACCCCAACUUCGGGAGGCGUUGGUAAGGGUGGAUCAUCACAUGGAAAGAAAAAAGCACAAGCUUCGCUUAUGAGUUUUUUUCAAAAGAAAUAA